AUGGCUGGUGUUAAGACUUUCGAAUUACGUACCAAAUCCAAGGAUCAAUUACAAUCCCAAUUGGUUGAAUUAAAGCAAGAAUUGGCUACCUUAAAGGUUCAAAAAUUAUCUAAGCCUUCUUUACCAAGAAUUCACACCGUUAGAAAGAACAUUGCUCGUGUCUUAACUGUUAUCAACUUACAACAAAGAGAAAACGUCAGAGCUUUCUACGCCGGUAAGAAGUACCAACCAAAGGACUUAAGAGCCAAGAAGACCAGAGCUAUCAGAAGACAAUUAACCAAGUUCGAAGCUAAGCAAACCACUGACAAGGCUAGAAAGCAAAGAAUUGCUUUCCCUCAAAGAAAAUUCGCUAUUAAGGCUUAA